AUUUGAAGUUCCAGGUUACAUAGGUAAACAGAAGUUGCCAUUUUUAGUGGCAAAGUUGGAGGCUUAUCACAACUCCAGCACCACUAAAGCCAAGUACCACCAACAGAUCUCAUGAAGGUCACUGCACAAUCUCCAUUUUGUACAGUAUGUUACUUAACUUGUGCAGGAAAAAUAGAAGUGACUUGACACAAAGUUCUAUUUAUCAAGCUUCGACAGGCAUUAAGGGGCUUUCAGGCUGAAUAUUUCACUAACUCUGCUGUGCUCUCAAAUCCAUUCAUUUGUACCUCAUGAUCUGUGCAACAAAGGUUUUGCGUUGCGCGAAACAAAGCUCAAGUGGCGCACACAUCCCACUUUGCUGUGUAGGUGUGAGCAGCUUAGUGGAGCUUGUAUUGCACUCUUUCCAAAGCUGGAAUUUGCUAAAAAUUUAACCGUGGUGUGCGGCCGGCUGUGUGGUUGGCGGAUACUUGUGCAACCAAUGGAGACGGAGUAUCUAGCUAUUUCAUAUCUCACAACAAAAUGUUCAUUUUUAUUGAUGGUUUUAGCACAAUAAAAAUGCAUUUGAAGAUAAAAUAUGGCUAUCAUCUACUUAUGAAACGUCCAUUUCUUUAAACUGUUCUCUGUUGCGGUUUAAUAGAGCCUGGCACUAUCAGGGAUAUUUUCACUUUAGCAACACAGGUUUCCCUGUAAAACAUCCAAGGGAAGUUCAGCGAAUGCCACAUUCGGUCUGAAAGCCACUUUAUCAGGAAAGUGAGUGAAUUCAUAGGAAUAGACCAGCCAUCGUAUGUCCUACUGCAUCUCGUAAACAAACCCAAUAAGUGUUUCUAUCUUGCCCCUUAGAUGCAUCAUUCAACUUUAAAAAUGCAGAAAUGAAGAAUAUUCUUUCUCAAAUUCCAUUAUUUUAAAUUAUUUUAUGUCUUCAAGACAAGAGAUUCAUAUUUAACCAAGUCUUUAUGGCAGAUUGCAUGCCCGUAGAAACUAUGGAAAGCUUUUUUCUUUGCAAAAUAAAAAAUGUUGCAUGUUGAAAGCAACCAUAUUGAAUGGCACUCAUGUUGAAUGUACCAGUGGUGCAGUUGGUCAUGCCAAAAAUGUCUAUCUGCCCAUCCGUCCUUAUUUGAUCUAGAAUUUUGUUUGCCCUCUUUGGGCAGAUUGCAGAUUAGCAUGGUGAAGAGGCACAGUGGGGGGGUCCCUGCCCUCUUUUAAUAUUUAAUUACAUGUUUUGCAACUAUAAAGACACAACCACACCCACAGAGUUUAUACACAUUUUAUUAGCACUUUCGAACCUAAACAUUCACAUAAAGCACAGCAUUUACUGGCAUUUUUGUCACAUUGACAUCCUGAUAACAAAAUUUGACUCUCACGAAUUGUGAGUAAAACAAGAACUCAGGUUACUGGAACUAUAUAUUACAUUUUGAGAUGUUCAUCCAUUAGAGAUUGGAAACUUUUCCGCUUUCUUCUUUUUUUCUGUUUGAAUCAAAUUCCACGUUUUCCAGACUUAUUACUGCAAAUAAUAAGACUGGGGAAAUACAGAAUUUGGUUGGUCAAACUCCAACCAAAUAAGCAGAGCAUUAACCACAGAGUUGUGGUCUUUGAGGCUUGGGUGUCUUGCAACUUUUGGACGUCCAACACACCAUAAUGAAAUAACUGAAUGAUCUCCUCAUAUGCACAGGUUCUACAGACUCCUGUUAAUUACUCAAUAUGUAAUUGAUGCAAAGGUGCAUCUGUACAAGGUCCUGGUGUGUUUUGAAGGGUGCUUGGGAAAAGGGUCAUUGUUAUCAUUGUCAUUAUUAAUGAAAACCAGGUAUAAUUUUUCCUUCACUUUGCAGGCUUUGAAUUGUUUGCAUCAUGUUCAAUCCCAUUAACGUACUUUGAGGUUGGAGGCAGAAACAUGACAAAAUGCUAAAAACUUCAAGGGUUAUGAAUACUUUUGAAAACACAGCAAACCUGACUCCCACGAGUGUACGGUGUGUGUUUAUCAGUUAAGGUCUGUGCUUUGGUUCUUCUUCUGUUUUUCAGAGGUGACCUCUGUGACCAGGGUCGCACAAAGAGGUCACGUGACACUGAAUGAUCUCGAAACGUCCCUGGUGAUAUUCCUCUGCCCGGCUGAUCAAAAAAAAUGCACCAAAUAAGAUACACCUAGUCACGGGUUUCUUUCUGCUGCAUCAGUGUGGCUGCCUCGACAAUUCCUAGCGGCAGGUAGAGGGCUGCAUCCUCUGGACGCAUAGAAACAGCGCAGCUCAAACUUUCUAGUAACUCGUGUUGCUCGGAGCACUUGGGGACAAGCUGUACCCAAUGAAUGAGCCACUCCUCUGACGAUGCUGCCGAGCGCUGCCCGGCUCGACACGCCCCCAGCAUGGAUACAGCGAGCUGGAGCAGGCGCUCGGGAGACGCGCUCACUGUGCGGGAGACAGUCUGAAGCCGCAAUGGGAGUUAACGCAUCCAAGUUUCAAGAGUUCCUGCUACCGGUGUCGCUGCACUAAACAAAGACUCCGGUUUCCGUUUUCUCCCUCCCUUUCUCUUUCUCUCUCUAUCUCUCUCCCUCCCUCUCUUUCUGUGUGAGAGAGAGAGAUCUCUGCGUUUUUUUUUUUUGUUGUUGUUUUUUUUUUUUUUUUUKUUUGGUGCGAGGCGUUUCUCGCACAGGAUGUUGAUGAUUUUGGAAAGCCGGGUAAGAUCAUAAAGUCAGUUCUCUCCGAUGAGAACGACCUCCACCUCACCGCCACUACACAAAGGGAAGCACGGUGCAAGUACUUUUUUUUUUUUUUUAACAACCUCCUACACGCGGAUUUAUUUCAUUUUUCCUCCCCCGAAUGUCAUUAAGAAGCAGAGGAGGCUGUUUCAAAGACAGAAUGGAUCACUUUGCAGCAGAGUGCCUUGUUUCAAUGUCCAGUCGUGCAGUUGUUCACCCUCCUAAGGGCAACAGGGAGAUUAAACCGGAGAUCCCAACCUCUUCCAGGACAGGGGAGGAAAUAAAGGAGCCCCUGGUGAAGGAGAACUCCUCGAUUUUCGUGGUGGCGAGGAUCCUGGCGGAUUUUAACCAGCAGACACCCAACGGCGUUGCCGAGCAGGCAAAGAUAAAGGAGGAGAGCACGCCGAACCUGAGAGAGGAUGGAAACUCUGCCACACCUACCGCCACCUCCGAUCCUGCGCUCAGACAAAGAGGCAAGAGAUCGAGAGGUCGGACAGAGCAGGAGCCACCUCAGAAAAAGCACAAAUGCAACUAUUCUGGCUGUGAAAAAGUUUAUGGCAAAUCCUCCCACCUCAAAGCUCAUCUAAGGACACACACAGGUGAGCGGCCCUUCCCAUGCACCUGGCCCGACUGCAGUAAGAAGUUUGCCCGUUCUGAUGAGCUGGCCCGCCACUACCGCACCCACACGGGCGAGAAGAAGUUUGGCUGUCCACUUUGCGACAAGCGCUUCAUGCGCAGCGACCACCUGAUGAAGCACGCCCGGCGCCACUCAGAUUUCCAGCCCGGCAUGUUGAAGAAGCCCCACGGUGGCAGCGCCACGCGCCCCAGCUCUCUCAGCGACUACAGCCGCUCGGAUGCAUCCAGUCCCACCAUCAGCCCCACCCUCAGUCCAGCCAGCUCGCCUUAAACUGAAACCUGGUCGCACUUUCCAGGCCCACCGACGUGAGGCCUGCAAUUUCAUCAUAACACUUCUGUUGCACAGUUGUCAGCAACCCGCCACCCCCUCCUUUGCUAUUCCUGCGCUUGCUGUGGUGUACCAUACUGUACAUAAGUGCUUAUUGUAGUGCAAUUACUUGUGUGAUCCUAAAAGAAGAUAAUGCCUUUCCCAGAUGGCGAUACCUCCAUUCUGUACCACAUGUCUGUAUUUUUUAAGCUUCUGACUAUGGCUAGUUGUUUAUUGUAUAUUCACAGUUUAGAAGAAGGAAAACAAAACAGGCAUCGUCAUAUGUCUUCUCAAAAUGUUUUGAUUUUAACAGAUUUCUUUUUAUUUUAUUGAAUGGGUUAGGAGAAGGGGUUCACACACACACCUCAGGAUCGAAGACAGUUGCUCUUUCUGUAAUACCACAGUACUCAAGAGUACUCACAUUGACUGCACAAUAUACUCAUCACUUUAUUCGAAAAUUCAACGGGGAGUUGAAUUUUGCGCCCUGCUCAGGGAUGGCCUUGUUAGCUUGAAAGAAUGAACACGGUGAAGAGAAACAUACAGUACAUACUAUACUUCAGCCUUACACUCAACACAAUUUGCACUCUAUGCUUUGUUUGUUGGCUUUCACAUUUGAAGAAACCAGUCAUAAAGUCAUGCGGUCAUUUUUUUGCGAAGCUUCAGUUCGUGUUCUGUCCUACGUCUAAGGUGGAGGUCCAAUGUAACUCUUCAUUUCCGAGAAAACAAUCAUUGAACCUGCCGUGGAAAACAAAUACGUCAGAGCUAAUACCUUUUGACGCUACACUGGGGAUAAGAUGUGCACUGCAUUAAAAAGUUCUGGCAGUGCAAAGUGUGUGAAUCUACAUGUUCAGGCGGAUUGGGAUUAUAUUGGGUUAAUAUUUUUUUUAUAAAUGUACAUAGGUUAAAAAAAAAAAAAAAGAAACCCUACUGAACCUUUACACAUUGAGAACGAAGUUUAAAAGCAGCUGUUGGUGCCUAAAAGUAACAGAGUUCCUGCAAGUUUCUGUAAGUUCACUGAAAUGCUUUUGAAGACUAUUUUGAUUUACAUUAAAGACCUGCAUGAUUUAUGAGGAAUAACGUAAAAACAUUUACUUAAAAGCUUGUAAUUGCUUAAUUAUUAGCUUAAGCAACGUAAACACAGCAUUGCCAACUUUAAUUGGUGUUUUCCAGCUGAGUUCCUUUACAUUAAGGCUACUCAACCCUUCAAGGCAUUUUUGGAGUUAAUGAGGUACAUUAAACUCUUUUAAAGUCAACAAAUAACUCAGUCUCAAGAUCUAUAGUGUAAUCUGUCAAAACAUCUUCUUAAGGGAGAUUUUUUUAAUCUCUUAAUUAAAUAAAAAGUUGAAUCUAAAAGACUUCUGUGCAAAAUAUCAACAUAAUUAAUAUCCUACUUAACAGAUAGGGCGCAAAAGUCAAAGAAAGAAAGAAGGGCUAAACUAGAGAUUAAUAUUGUCAAAACCAUAAAAUCUAGACACAUGAGCUCAAAUGGGCAGGAAAACGAAUAGUCACUGGARAUGAAAGGUCAAAUUUAGGAGGUCCAUGUACUUUCCUGUAGCUUAUYGUAAGCUUCAGAACAAUUACUGAUGACGGGUUUUAGCCAAACGAAAAUCCUUGUUUUCACACCAAACCUCUUUGAGUAAAUACUUUCCUAUGACGAAGGAGCUGGUUGUGGAUAACAACUAGAAUUCUUAGAUUUUGAUUAUCUAAACAUUCAAUUUUAAGGCCAAAUGAUGCUUUAUGUAGUUUUAUCACAGCAUGAAAACAAUAACAUUCUUCAGCCAGAGCUACAAAUCACCAACUUAGGACACAAAGAUUAAUCAAAGAAGCAGUGAAUGAAUGAUUGAAUGAGGUAAGCCAUAGCUAAAUGUACUUUAGGAUUGAAUCUGAAAAAAAUCAGGCCUAAACUCGAGAUAGCUCAAAGUAGGACUUUUGGAAACCUUGCAAAAACCCUGAUUACUCUCUGAUCAGCACAUAUUUCACUUGAAAUGGAGACAAAACAGCUUCUGUAGCAGCAAGAUAUUUCCAUCUCAUCAAGCACAUGGGAGAAUGUACCAAAGAAGCGCUUUUUAUUCAGUGCUGUAGGGAGCAUCGCAGGUAGAGUCACACACUCAGUCACUUCCUCCUGGCUCAAGUUCCCUGGAGGAAACAGCUGCACCCAAAAGAAGACAUUCCCACCCCGCCGGAGGUAGUGCUAGCAUGUCGUUCGCCCGGCGAGGCCUUUCUCAUCUGGCUCUACCUGUUCUUUCAGCGAGCCAGCUGAAUUACAUUAGUAUUGCCUAAUUAGGAGGUCAGACGUUGGCUGAUCUGAGCUGAGGGAACAAAGCAGAUAUCAGCAACAAACAGGCAAGAGAGGGCAGGUCCUGAUAAAAGAGGAGAGGUUUUAUCACAAGCCGAACAGCACAAAGGAGGAGACACACAGAAGCAGACACCCCCCAUUUCCUCCCCCCUCCAACUGUAGAAACAGCCAGCAGAAAAAUAGCUGUAAUUGGUAGCUUGAUCUGAACUGCAGGAUAAGAGGAAAUGUGUACGAACAAGAGCUGUUUGUAGACAGCACUAGCAGCGUGGGUGGGAAGUGCCUGACUCCAUCCAAAGCACAAACAGAAUUCCUUCUCACACGAGCCGGAGAAUCAGAUUUCACAAUGCAGAGGAAACCGUCGCUCUGGGCUUGCAUUGAUAAACCUGAGCUUCCAAACAGCUGCUUUCAAACUUCCUGUCUCUUUGMAAGGUGGGGGGGAUUUGGGGGACUUUCGAAGAGUUGCAAAAACAUCGGAACCAAAAUCAACAUAUCAGCAAAUUGCAGCUCUCACCAGACUGAUGUCAACCCAGCAUUUGAAGCUCAAAUGUCCCUGUGAGAAAGCCGACAGACAUGCCUCAGUAAGUCAGGCGAAAGUGGAAACAAGCACCACUAUCAGAACUGCUGCACCCCUGCCGGUCUAUAUGUUAUGCCCGCACUUUUUAAGUGCUUCACUGCUGCAGUUGGAUCCGCAUCCAUGCAGUUCAGACUCCUUCAGACUUACUGCCAUCAGAGCUAACUCAAGCGGUAUCUUGCGUUCGACGCUACAUGCAUGUUAACUUUGCUCUGAAAGCGAGGAGUAUUUCCUUUUUUUUCCCCCUUUGAGUCGGUCUGGCAGGUGUAAGUUCAUGAAUGUCAGGCCUUGUCCUUUUUCCUCGACUGCAGCCAUCUUCUCUUUAAAGUCAUWAUGAAUCCCCCUCUCAUUCUCCCUUAUUUAGCUUGAAAAGCAAUGAAUUUAUCUCAAAACACAAUCCUUUGUGUGAUGUUAAAAUAGUUUGCGGGCUGCAAGAUGACACUUUGAAUGCCACUGAUCUGCAGCUCUCRAAGACAGAGGUGUGAGAGUUCACCAUUUUUUUUCUUGAAGCAACAACUGCUGUUGAUCAGCUUACCUUCUGUAUAUUCCUGUUUUGGUUAUAAUUUUUCGAACCUGGUUUAAAGCGCUCACUUGCAAAAGAAAAAGAAAAAAAAAAUAGGAGAAAAAAAAUUACGCAUUAAUCAGUUUUUAAUCUGCAAUCUGCACAUUUUCCUCAGGGUCAACAUCUGCCAAGCAGAUAUGGGACAGUUUGUGGAUUUUGUCGUAAAACCAGUCACCGCACGCAUAUGUCAGGCUGCCCACAUGUGGCUGCCCCAUCGGUGGUCCUCGGUGCCCAGUGUUCACUGCUGGUCAGUGUGUGACCAUGCUGGUAACACAGGACCAACCUCAGUGCAGCCCUUUUCGCCUAUUACAUGUCUUGAUAACAUCGCACAAUCCUGCUAUCGAUCCACUCUGAAGCUGUUUUAACUUAUACAACCAUUUGAACAGAAAAGCCUGUACCUUCAGCCAGACUGCAAAAGUGACAUGUAGGCAUCCACAGACAGAGCGUCUCAAAAAAAACCUUUACUCUCACUGUAUCUAAUGUACUUGAAUAAUUCCAACACGCAAGGCCAUUGAACACAAUUUUGUACAUGUCCGAUUUUACUGUUCUUUGCUUUUUGCUGUCCGAGCCUUUGAGAGAAAAAGGCAUAUAAUCGCCUGAAUUGUUUGUUUCAUUUUUUUUUCUUAUUAAUUUCAGAUUUUUUUGUCAGUUCAUUUCAGUAACUGUUUUAGAGUACAUCGCAGCUCGAGGUUCGAGCUUGUUUAUGUGUAAAUUUAAAGUUUGUGCGCUAUUAGCAGGGUUUUUUUUCCCCCUGACUACUCUGUUGAUGUCAGGGAUGCGGGUAAAUCCUGUUAUCUGCAAUUCCAAAAAGUUCCUUUAAAUGAAAAAAAAAAAAAAACUAAAGAAACUUUGGGGUGGAUGGGUAUUUUUUUUUUUUUUACCUCUGUCUAUGUCAGUUUCAGAUUCAGUGAUUGAUUUCUUUUUAUUGCUUUAGAUUAUUUGAAAUGUUUUCCAUAUUAUUAGAGACCACAGAAUUGUGAGUUAGCAAUGUAGUCAUUAUUUGUAUUAUUAUUAUUAUUAUUAUUAUUGUUAUUAUUAUUAUUAUUAUUAUUAUUAUUAUUGUUGUUGUUGUGUGAGGUUAUGUUUUCAUUUUAUUUUUUUGCAGAAUUAUACCUCUUGAGAUAUUUGAAUUUUCAUUUACCUUCAUAUCUUUUCAGAGCAUCCAUCAUGUAGCUUAUGUUUGCUUAAUGAGUAGCAAAAAAGAAAUUUGGUUUCAUUUAUUCCUACUUGAAUGAAGAAGUAGACAAAGAGAGUUUGUUUUUUUUUCUGUAAAAAACUAAAACAGAAACACUGGGCUGCAUUUUACGUAACCGUUCCAUAUUGCCAGAUCCUGCAUGUAACUCAAAGUACAAAGAAAAAAAAACAUCUUUCCCAGACAAYAUUUGUAUAUUUUUAUUGCUUCAUGCUAAGAAGCUAUUUGAGUAUCAAAGUGAUCCUCAGCAUUUACAUCCUUUUGACUUCAGAUCCAUAUUUCUGCUGAAGAUCACAUAAUUCUACAUGCAAGGAUUCUCAAAUACUGACAAUACAUGUACAAAUUCAAGCAGCAAGCUAGCAAUUUAAAGUUCACAAUAUAUAUUUAAUUAAAGACAUCAGUGUGUUACUGAUCAAACAUCGUCAGCAGAAGUACAAGCAUGAUCCGCGCAGUCGUGUGCCAAAACUAUAGCUGUAACUUCUUGAAGAGGAUACAAAUGUUGAGCGUAAAUAAUCUAGCUUCUAUCAGACGUUAUAUAAAAAAAAUAAUCUUGUAUAGUUUUAUAUAGAGUUUGACCUGUCAAAUGUUAUGUACAGGAUUUGAUCAAGCAGUUCUGCUCUAAGUUAAAUGUUUCUGUUCUUUAUGCUUUAUGUGAGCAUUUUGCUUUGUGUAACUGUGUUGUUAUUGUCAUUAAUUUUGCUCCUUUUUGUUGCUGUUGUUUCUGUUCAAUGCUGAAGCAGUGUAUAUUGCUUACUGCAGCUGUUUUUAACAUCUUAACAACUUUUGAUGAUAGUCGCUUGUCCAUUCCAAAGGAUUUAAGAUUGCAUUUGCUCUGAAAGUGCUGCUUCCCUUGACCUGAUUUAUUAUCAUUUUUUGUGGGUUUCUGAAUAGAAGUGUGUCCUGACAGUAUACAAGGUACGUUUUCUAAUGCCACACAUGCAUUAGACUAUGUUUGUACUAAGCCAAUUUGAACGAAUUACCUACAAAAUUACCUACAAAACAUAAAAGUUACAGAGCAUGUCUUCCCACACGACAAAAACCUAAAAUUUUUGCUUUUCACAGUCGGGGUUUUUCUUUUAUUUGUGUUUUUUAAGAGGCCGCCAUAUAGAGUUAAAGAAGGGUUGUUGAUCUUUGUUACCAAAGGCUCUGAAGGGAAAAGAAUGAAUGUUGGAGUAGUUUUGAAUCCAGCUCUGUUUGUACCAAUGGAGUUCAAAUUCAAUGUGUUGUACUAGCUGAUAGAUGGAUGUCGUGCUUGACAUGGACCUUUUUCUACAUCUCAAGUAGGCAACGUUUCUUCUUUUUUUUUUCUCUGCAAAGUCAUUUGAAUGAACUAAAAUCAUUCAGUCACCCAAGCCAACGUACUCAGAUUGAGUCUAAAAUGAACAAGACAAAAACAAAAAACAAAAACGAAAACAAAACAAAACAAAAAAAAAUUAAACAAGCAGAUCCAAACUGUUGGUACUUUUAGUUUGAACUUGUCUGCUUGAAGAGACGCUGUGCAGCAUCUGUUCCUCACUGCAGAGAAAGUCUGUUGGAUAAUGUUUGUCCUUUAAGGAUUAGCUCGUUUCAGGUUAUGCAGCAUACAGUGGUGUCAAUGACCUCUUUGACAAACAGAGAGCCUCUCACCAGCCUUUUCGGUUCUGUUUCCUGUACCUGUUUGUCUUCAGUGCACCUCCUCAGUGUAAUGUUGCUCUCUUGAUACCUCUGUGUGUUUUUUCCUCUGCACCCUCACCAUCAGUUGCCUGUUGUAGUGACUCCAUGGUGCUGCUUCCCCUCUUAUAGCACCAUUAUAAUCUGUUCUGUAAAUAACUCUCAGCUCAGCUAUGGCCAGUACAUUCCUCUCAAUGACCUCACUUAAAACCUUCAGGUGAUUCUGUUAUUCUAUUUUUAUUGUGUUUCUUUUUUUUUUUUCUUCUUCAGCAAACCAAAAUCACUACAUUCAAGUAUUACAGUUGUACAGUUCAAUGAAUUCAACACACGUGUAAUGUGCUGGUCUUAGCUGCUCUGUUGUAUCUUUUUAUGGCAUUAUUUUUUACAUGUUAGACAAUAUAUUGUGACCAUGUCCUAUGCAAAUAUGAGAAAUAACAGAUUGUUGAAUAAUGUAUGUUGUCAUAACUUGUAUGCAUGAAAUAGUGAGUUUACAUUUGGAAAUAAAUUCAUAAAAUAAGCCAC